AUGGGUGAGACGACUAGUCUAAAUGUGCUCCAGCAGUUUUGUAAGGGCAUUCGGGAAGUCUUUGGUCCGGAGUUCCUACGAAAGCCAACCCCUGAUGAGUGCCAGAGACUGCUAGAUAUGCACGGUGCGGUGCACAAUUUCCCAGGCAUGAUGGGCAGCAUUGAUUGCAUGCAUUGGGAGUGGAAAAACUGCCCGGUGGCGUGGAAAUGCCAGUUCACUACCGGUUCGAACAACGACAUCAACGUUCUGCAGUCGACGCCUAUCUUCAAUGAUGAGUGUCGGGGAGAGGGUCCAGAGAUCAGUUUUGUAGCAAAUGGCACGCAGUAUCGCGGGGAUACUAUUUGGCAGAUGGAAUAUACCCUCGUUGGCCCGUAUUCGUCAAGACACUUCGCCAACCGGUUAGAGCGAAGAGACAAUAUUUUGCGCGAAAACAAGAAGCCGCUAGGAAAGAUGUUGAGCGAGCUUUUGGUGUGCUCCAAGCGCGAUGGGCCAUUCUACGCUGCCCGGCACGAGUUUGAACGUUGGGCGUCGGAAGAUGGUGCAAGUACAAGUCACGGCGUUGCCUCCACGCCGAUACAGAUGGGUGUACCACGUAGUAAUGAAUAUCUGAUCCAACGUUUCGCUGAUAUACGCAGGAGCACAGCACAUGACCAACUCCAGGUCGAUUUGAUUGAAGAGGUCUGGGCACGUAGGGGAGGCGGCGUAGCGUGA